AUGGCGACACUGACUGAGAGCAAAUCAGCCCGGAAACACAUUUCAUCCACUCCUCAUCUUGAUGUUGCUGCGGACGAUGCGAACGAUACGUUCCAAAGCAUCGAUAAACUCCAAGCAGCAGGCAUUAAUGCUGCUGACAUCAACAAGCUUAAGCAAGCCGGCUACUGCACCGUUCUGUCUAUCGUCCAGACAACGAAGAAGGAACUAUGCCUCGUAAAGGGAAUUUCAGAAGUUAAAGUCGAGAAAAUCGUUGAAGCAGCGGCUAAAUUGGGCAUGUGCAAUACAUUCAUCACUGGUGUUGAAUUGGUCCAAAAACGAGGGCGAGUCAUCAAGAUUACCACUGGGUCUGACCAGCUCGACCAACUCCUGGGAGGUGGUUUCGAGACUAUGUCGAUCACCGAAUUAUUUGGGGAAAACCGAUGUGGCAAAACGCAAAUAUGCCAUACUGUUUGUGUCACCGCGCAACUACCUCGAGACAUGAAAGGAGGGUGUGGCAAGGUCUGUUACAUUGAUACGGAAGGAACCUUUCGGCCUGAGAAAAUCCAGGGGAUUGCUGAGCGUUUUGGCUUGGACGGAGAUGGGGUACUUGAUAAUAUCAUGUAUGCCCGGGCAUUUACAACAGAACAUAUGUACCAGCUCCUCACAAUUGCCGCCGCAAAGAUGUGCGAGGAACGUUUUUCUGUUCUCAUCGUCGACUCGAUCAUUGCCCUUUUCCGAGUGGAUUUCUCCGGAAGGGGAGAACUCGCAGACAGGCAACAGAAGCUGAACAAGAUGCUUAGCGUCAUGAUGAAGCUAGCUGAGCAGUAUAACCUGGCAGUGCUCCUAACGAAUCAGGUCAUGUCCGACCCCGGAGGGGGAUUAACAUUUACUGCGAACCCUACAAAACCAGUGGGCGGUCACGUUCUCGGCCACGCGUCUACGACACGCCUUUCCAUGCGCAAGGGAAAGGGCGACCAACGCAUUGUAAAAGUGUACGAUGCACCCAAUUUGCCGGAGUCUGAGUGUAUCAUUCAGUUGUCAUCCAAAGGAGUAAUCGACGUGAUUGAGUGA